AUGCUAGCUACUCUCCAGGCAUUAUUAAAGGGGACAAAAGAGAAAGUGAUCAAGGAACAUGUAAACAUGACAGAAAAGGAUGAUGUCGUCAAACCUCAAUCCUUACCACCAAAAUUAAAAGGCCCAGGUAAGUUUACUAUUUCUUGUAACAUCGGUGGAGUGAAUAUUUCACAUGCUCUAUGUGAUAUGGGAUCUAGCAUAAAUGUCAUACCACUGAAAACUGUUAAAGAAUUGAAAGUGGGUGAGAUCACACCGAGUAACAUAAUGCUCACUUUAGUUGAUUCAUUUAUGAAACAUCCGCUUGGUGUUGUACAAGAUGUGUUAGUUCAUGUUGAUGGUUUGACCUUCCCUAUAGACGUUGUGGUGAUCGACAUGAAAAAUGAUUCAGAAGGGUCAGUAAUUCUCAGGCGCCCAUUCUUGGCAACUGGGAAGGAAAAAAUAGAUAUGGAGACAAGUGAACUGAUUUUGAAGUUCAAUAAGGAAAAUAUGGUAUUUGAUGCAUAUCAAUGGACACCAUAUGUGGAUGAUAUAGAAACAUGCUACCAAUUGAAAGAAAAAGGUAGUGAAGUUCACAAAAGAAGGAAAAAAGGAGUUUUCACUGGUGUGAGAAUUUGCAAAUUUAGCACUUUAGCAUUGAAUAGAGGAUCUAAAAAGAAACUUGAUCAUAACAAUAACAAGUAG